AUGCGUCAUUGGGAGAAUAACACAUGCAUUACAUUUAUACCACGACAACCAGAACAUCUUAAUUAUAUCGUUUUUACCAUUGAUAAAUGCGGCUGUUGCUCAUAUGUUGGAAGGAAAAGUAAUGGACCACAAGCGAUAAGCAUUGGAAAGAACUGUGAUAAAUUUGGCAUUGUUGUACAUGAAUUGGGUCAUGUGAUUGGUUUUUGGCAUGAGCAUACGCGUCUUGAUCGUGAUCAACAUGUUGAUAUAUUUUAUAAAAGCAUUCAACAAGCACAAGAUUAUAAUUUUGAAAAAUUGAAAUCCGAUGAGAUUGAUUCACUUGGAGAGCCAUACGAUUAUGCAUCAAUUAUGCACUAUGCUCGUGAUACAUUUUCUCGAGGAAUGUAUUUGGAUACAAUUUUGCCAAAAGUAAAAUUUGGUCAACGGCCAGAAAUCGGCCAACGUAUGCAAUUAUCACCAGGCGAUAUUUCACAAACAAAAAAACUUUAUAAAUGCACAGUUUGUGGCGAAACAUUGGUGAAAGAAUUUGGUGAGUUACGUUUGGAUGGUAGUAAUAUCGUAUGCCGAUGGCGUAUCAUUGCUGCAUUUGGUGAAUUUAUAGUUCUUAACGUUUCCACACUUGAUUUACCAUCACCAAAACGUGAUUGCGCUUCGGAACGUGAUAAUUAUUUGAUUGUUAGAGAUGGUCAUUAUAUUGGCUCACCAAUUUUAGAUAAACUAUGUGGUGGUGUAAUAUCACGAACAAUCGUUUCAACUAGCAAUCGACUUUUCAUUCAAACACAAACUUCAUAUCCAUUAUUUUCCAUUUUUGCUCAUUAUAUUGCUGUAUGUGGUGGACAUAUUAUUGGUGAUAUUGGUACCAUACAAACUCCACGAUAUCCAGAAAAUUAUAUGCCUGAUGAAGAGUGCAAAUGGCUUAUUACAGUUCAAGAAGGCUAUCAAAUUGCUUUAACAUUUCAAUUUUUUAAUCUUGAAACACAUAAAGAUUGUAUAUACGAUCGAUUGGAAAUAUACGAUGGUACAGUGGUAGAAUCAACUGCAUUACUUUCUAAAUUAUGCGGUCAGAUUGUAACCAAAACUCUUGUAUCACAUUUCAAUACCGCUUUAUUGUUAUUUAUUUCGGAUAGUUCGGUGCAAAAAGAAGGUUUUCAUAUUAAUUUUGUUAAAGAAAUAAAUGAAUGCAAAUCAGAUAGUCAUGGAUGUGAGCAUCGUUGUGUGAAUAAAAUUGGUGGCUAUGAAUGUAAAUGUAAUAUUGGUUAUUCAUUACGUUCAGAUGGUAAAACUUGUCAAAGUACAUGUGGUGGUAUUAUAAAAGCAUCCAAUGGAACAUUUCAUAGUCCGAAUUAUCCAUUGAAUUACGCACCACUUAAAACAUGUAUUUGGCAAAUUGAAGCUAAUAAUGAAUAUCAAAUUAUUGUUAAUUUUACACAUUUUGAUGUGGAAGGAAUGAAAUCAGCAUGUUCAUAUGAUUAUGUUCUCAUACAGAGUGAUGAAGGAAUGGAGGAACGAUAUUGCGGAUAUUAUAAUUCAUUAGUUUAUACAUCAGCAACAAAUCGUAUUAAAGUUUUAUUCGUUUCUGAUAAUACAAUUGAAAAAAAUGGCUUUUUGGCAUAUUUUAUCACUGAUUUGAAUGAAUGUCGUAAUAAUAACGGUGGUUGUCAACAACGUUGUACAAAUACAAUUGGUUCAUAUCAAUGCGAAUGUGAAAAUGGCUAUGUUUUGGCAGAUGAUGGACAUAAUUGUAAAGAAGGUGAUUGUAAUUUACAGGUGUAUGAUCCAGAAGGUGAAAUUACUUCACCAAAUUAUCCAUUUAAUUACCCACAAGGAAAAAAUUGCAACUGGCAUUUUGUAACUACGCCAGGACAUCGUCUCUCACUUUCUUUUGAAGAAUUCAUGUUUGAAGAACAUAAUGCAUGCAAAUAUGAUCAUAUCGAGAUAUUUGACGGUGGUAACAGUGAUGCUACAUCAUUAGGAAUUUUUUGCGGUAGUGAUAUACCACCAAAUUUACAAUCAACCGCUAAUCAGUUAUUCAUGACAAUGCUUACAGAUGCAAGCGUUAAUCGUCGUGGAUUUAAAGCUUUUUAUUCUUCAAUAUGUGGUGGUAAUUUAAAAGCUGAGCAAACUAUUGGUUUUAUUUAUUCUCAUGCUCGUUAUAGUGAUGGUAAAUACGAGAAGAAAAUGAGAUGUGAAUGGCGGAUUGUAGCAGAAUCAAACCGUGGUGUAAACAUUCGUUUUGCUCAGUUUGAUUUAGAACAUGAGGCAAAUUGCGAGUUUGAUUACGUAGAGAUUUAUGAUGGAUAUGAAAUUUUGGAAGAAUAUCGCGUAGCUCGAUACUGUGGCGAUAAACUACCAUCAUCUUUUACAUCAACUGGAAGAAGUUUACUACUACUUCUAAUUACGGAUGAGUCCGAAGAACAGAAAGGCUUCAUUGUGGAAUAUCGAUCAAGUAUACCAGGUACAAUCGCUCCGUUUACGUCAACAACUCGUCGACCUCCACGUGAACCUAUUAUCAACAAUAAUUAA